GCAGCCUCCUCCAUCUCUCCCUCGGUUUUAUCAUUCUUUGAUUCCUUCUCAAAGCAUCUCCAAUGGAACAGGGGUAAUAUGGUCUUCUGGACCAGCAAGGCUUGCCAGAGGUCGGUUAUAGAGGGGAUUUCCUUGCAUUAUUAUAAUAUUUUUUCAGCAAAAAUAAACCGCGUUUCCCUUCAUUCGCUCUCCACUCCUCCACUGAUUCAAAUGCAAUCCCCCUAUUGCUAUUGUAUGUAUUAAUUAUUUAACAAUUAAUGAAUUACAUGAAGUCCUAAUCCAAAUCCAAUCCUAUCCUAUAGAAAUUGACCGAAGAAGGAAAUACAGAGAGUGAAUUUGGAGGAUCUCGUUGCUGCCCUUCGUCUUCUCCCUCGGGUUCCCACAGUCCAGGAACUGCACUUCUUGGAGAGUUUCAAAGAGGUACAGAAUCCAACCCUGUAAAGCAUAAUGGUUAAUGAUGUUGAAGAUGAUGAUUCAUGCCCAAAGCCUGUUGGAAGAAGCUCUGUUUUCUAUUAUGGUGUCGGUCAUAUGCUAAACGACAUCACGGCCGCCUGUUGGUUUACUUAUCUUUUAUUGUUCUUGACAGAAAUUGGACUGUCCCCUAGGGAUGCUGCUAUAGUUAUGCUAGCAGGUCAGAUAGCUGAUGGAUUUGCUACUGUAUUUGCUGGAGAACUGAUUGACAGGUUUGGACAUUUCAAAAUAUGGCAUGGUGCAGGAUCUAUCUUGGCUGCCAUUUCAUUUUCUUCAGUUUUUGGUGGUUGCUUGCCAUGCAAAAUCUUGGCUUCCUCGUCACCAAUAAUAGAAACUAUUUCAUACAGCACGUCUGCUGCAAUCUUCAAUGUGGGUUGGGCUGCCACCCAAGUGUCACACAUGUCCAUGGUGAAUUGCAUCUCACUGAAUUCAACAAGCAGGGUGGUGAUGACAAGCUGUCGGAAUGCUUUUACCAUGGUUGCGAACCUCAGUCUUUAUGCUGUUGCAUUAGUAGUAUUCAGUACCACUAAAGCAACAACACAUUCUGAUAUUGAAAAUCAGUACCAUUGGAUUGCAUACACUUCAAUUUUUAUAGGAUGCUGCUUUGUGGGAAUAUUUCAUCUUGGGACUAAAGAGCCAAGAUUAAAGAUACGUGUACAUGGAACUAGUUAUGCAAGGAUAUCAUGGGCUUACUGGUUCAAGAAAGUUUUAUACUAUCAAGUUGGUCUUGUCUAUAUGCUUACCAGACUUGCACAAAAUGUUUCACAGGCAUAUCUUGCAUUCUAUGUUAUUGAGGAUAUGCGGAUGGCAAAAUCAGCUAAAGCUUUGGUUCCUGCAAUCAUCUAUAUCAGCAGCUUCAUUGUAUCUAUCAUUAUGCAGGAAAUGUAUUGGACUGGACAACGCCUGAAAGCCUACUAUUGUGCUGGUGGAGUUCUCUGGGUAUUCUGUGGCGCAAGCAUCCUCUUUUUGCCUCGAAGCUUGAGUGCUUUCAUGUAUGUCAUAUCAGUAUUUAUUGGCGUAGCGAAUACUCUAAUGACGAUAACAGGAGUAAGCAUGCAAAGUGUUCUAGUUGGUUCAGAUCUAGAUGGCUGUGCAUUUGUUUAUGGAUCUUUGAGUUUCCUAGACAAGGUUUCGUGUGGACUUGCUGUCUUUGUGCUUCAGUCUUUUCAAAGCUCCUCACCGAGAUCACAAGAAACCCUUUCUACAGAAUAUAUUUCUGUCACAAGAUAUGGCUUGGGUCUGCUUCCAGCUGUUUGUUCACUUACUGGGAUGGCUAUUACAUACACUAUGAAACUCCAGACACCUCAUUCAAAAUCCUUGAUGGAACCGUUGUUGGAAUGAUUUACAAAAGCAUCCAAUUCUGUAUAGACAAACCCUAACUUGCUCAAUCCAUCGAUGCAAUUUGAAUACCAAUGUGAAUGUGACCCAAGGCAAUCCCAUGCAGCUAGAAGUGAUGGAAUGCAGAUAUACUUGGGACCACGUCGGGGGAUUUUUUUAGUUUUUGACUCCCUUUAGGGAUGUGAUCAUUGAUAUUUAAUUUAUGCUCACAAGGUGUUUUAUUAAAUAGGAUCUUCAUAGUUUAAUACUAACCUUGUUUCGCACGUUGUUUAGAAACGUUUGUAUGAAAUCUCAGGAAAUAUAGUUAUUAUAGUCAUUAUGAAAUUUAUUUU